AUGAUGCGGAUGUCAACAACGCUGUUUUUGACAAGUUCGUUUCUGUUUCUCAAUGCGUCAGAGAGGCCAAGCCCCAUCAUCCUGAGCCCUUGGCUGAGAAGCAGCAGUGACCAAUGCAUAGUUCAAGUGGCUGUUUAUAAGUUUUACCAGCAGAGCGGAGAAUAUAUUGCUCGUGUCCUUCCCAUUGACGAAAGCAGCAGUGAAGUCUUAUCAGUGGAGAGUCCAGAGAAACAGGGAUGGGUGUUGCUUCAAAGGAGAGUUGGACAUCUAGAGAAACCAUUUCGGAUCUCACUGGAGUAUGUUGCUAAUGGGAACAAGAGCAUAGCAGCUGUGGAUUCCUUUGCGAUGAAGAACUGCAGUACAGGACCUGCUUCUGGCUCAAAAAUGGUUCUGGAGGGUUCCUUCAGCUGCUGGAAUGGAACAGCCAUCAGGCUGGGGCAGGCAUGCGAUUUCAUCAGCGACUGUGCCGAGGGAGAAGAUGAGGGAGAUAUGUGCAAAAAGCUUCCCUCUGGCUUUUACUGUUCGUUUGAAGAAGGGGACUGUGGCUGGAUGCAGGGCUCCUCUGAAUCCCAUCCUUCUCCAUGGCGAAUUGGAAGCCCAGAGCACAACCAUUUUCCUUCAAUAGAAGGUUGUGCACUCCUCCUUAACACCAGCAAAACACCAGCAGCAGCAAACACUGUCAUGACCAGCACUGCAUUUCCAGCUCCUUUGAGGAACUCCCCCUGUGAGCUACGAAUGUCAUGGCUCAUCCAUGGUGUCUUGCUGGGAAAUAUAUCCCUGGUGCUGGUCGAGAACAAGACAGGAAAGGAGCAAAGCCAGGUGUUCUGGCAUUCAGAUAAAAGCGAAGGUUUGGGAAUGUGGCAGUGGAUGAUCUUACCUCUCCCAGAUAUGCUGGAUAGGUUUUGGUUUCAGAUCAUCGCUUCAUGGGAAGAAGGAUCUGAUGCUGUUAUUGCUUUUGACAAUGUCUCCCUUAGUCUGGACUGCUACUUAACAAAUCACUGGUUAUUCACGACGUGUGGUGCCAGUGGACCCUAUGGCCCCACACAGAGCCAAUGCAAUGAUGCCUACAGGAACUCCAACCUCAGUGUGAUUGUAGGAGCUGAAGGGAUUCUCCAAGGCAUUCAGAUCUGGAGAGUACCAGCAACCAACACAUACAGCAUCUCAGGCUAUGGAGCUGCUGGUGGGAAAGGAGGGAAGAACACCAUGGUGCGGUCCCACGGCGUGUCUGUGCUGGGAAUUUUCGACCUCCAGAAGGAUGAUACUUUGUAUAUCUUGGUGGGACAGCAAGGAGAAGAUGCUUGUCCUAGUACUAAUGAAGUUAUACAGAAAGUCUGCAUUGGAGAGAACAAUGUGAUUGAAGAAGAGAUACGUGUGAACAGAAGUGUCAAUGAAUGGGCAGGAGGAGGUGGAGGCGGGGGAGGUGCAACUUAUAUAUUUAAGAUGGAGAAUGGAGAACCGGUCCCCUUGAUAAUUGCAGCAGGAGGUGGUGGCAGGGCCUACAGGGCCAAAACAGACACAUUUCAUCCAGAAAGGCUGGAGAAUGAUUCCUCUAUUCCAGGGCUGAAUGGAAAUUCAGGAGCUGCAGGUGGUGGAGGUGGCUGGAAUGAUAACACUUCCUUCCUGUGGUCAGGAAAAUCCUUGCUGGAAGGUGCUACUGGAGGAAGAUCCUGCCCCCAGGCCACGAAGAAGUGGGGGUGGGAGACAAGAGGGGGUUUCGGAGGGGGUGGAGGGGGGUGCUCCUCAGGUGGAGGAGGCGGAGGAUAUAUAGGUGGCAAUGCUGCAGUGGACAAUGACCCAGAGAUGGAUGGGGAGGAUGGUGUGUCCUUCAUUAACCCAGUUGGUACUUUAUACACUCCAGCACUUAAAGUGACAGAGGGGCAUGGAGAAGUGGAUAUUAGGCUGCAUCUUAACUGCAGUCACUGUGAGAUGGAUGAGUGCCGUGUUGAUCUUGAGACUCAAAAAGUCAUUUGCUUUUGUGAGCCAGGCACAGAGUUGGCCGAGGAUGGUGUGUCUUGCAUAGCUGAGCCAGUGGUUCAUCUCCCUCUCUCCUUGGUCUUGUCUGUAGUGACUUCAGCAUUGGUGGCUGCCUUAAUUUUGGCUUUUUCAGGAAUCAUGAUAGUAUAUCGUCGGAAGCACCAGGAGUUACAAGCCAUGCAGAUGGAGUUACAGAGCCCAGAAUAUAAGCUGAGCAAGCUGCGUACCUCCACUAUCAUGACAGACUACAAUCCCAACUACUGCUUUGCAGGAAAGACCACAUCCAUUAGUGACCUCAAAGAGGUGCCUCGAAAAAACAUCUCCCUCAUCCGGGGUUUGGGCCACGGAGCCUUUGGUGAGGUAUAUGAAGGUCAGGUGGCAGGGAUCCCCAGCGACCCCACUCCCUUGCAGGUGGCUGUGAAAACAUUGCCAGAAGUGUGUUCAGAGCAAGAUGAGCUGGACUUCCUCAUGGAAGCUCUCAUUAUUAGCAAGUUCAACCACCAGAAUAUAGUGCGCUGUAUCGGGGUGAGCUUGCAGGCACUUCCCCGUUUCAUCCUGCUAGAGCUCAUGGCUGGAGGUGACCUGAAAUCGUUCCUGAGAGAGACGCGGCCUAGACCGAAUCAGCCCUCCUCCCUUUCCAUGCUGGACUUGCUCCACGUGGCUCGUGACAUUGCUUGUGGGUGUCAGUACCUGGAGGAGAACCACUUCAUUCACAGGGAUAUUGCUGCCAGGAACUGUCUCCUUACCUGUCGAGGGCCUGGGAGAGUGGCUAAGAUUGGAGACUUUGGAAUGGCCCGGGAUAUAUACAGAGCCAGCUACUAUCGGAAGGGUGGGUGUGCAAUGUUGCCCGUCAAAUGGAUGCCUCCUGAGGCUUUCAUGGAAGGGAUAUUUACAUCAAAAACAGACACAUGGUCCUUUGGCGUGUUGCUGUGGGAGAUAUUCUCUUUGGGGUACAUGCCCUACCCUAGCAAAAGUAACCAGGAGGUUCUGGAGUUCGUCACCAAUGGAGGAAGGAUGGAUCCACCUAAAAACUGCCCUGGCCCUGUUUACCGCAUUAUGACCCAGUGUUGGCAGCACCAGCCUGAAGAUCGGCCAAAUUUUGCCAUAAUCCUGGAGAGAAUUGAGUACUGCACUCAGGAUCCAGAUGUCAUCAACACUGCUUUGCCAGUAGAAUAUGGCCCGUCAGCUGAGGAGGAGGAGAAGGUAGCGAUGCGCCCCGACGAUCCAGAAGGAAUUCCUCCUCUCUUGGUCUCCACACACCAAGACAGAAAGGAUGACAAGCAAAGUCUGCCAUCUCCACCACCCCUGCCGUCAGCCGUCACUGCUGGAAAACCUCUAGGGAAAGUGGGAGCCUUGGAACCACCAGUGCCGGGGAAGGCGCAGUCAGCCUCAGCGGGGGGACAUAUCAACAUGGCCUAUGCCCAGUCCAAUCCACCGUCUGAGCUGCACAGAAGCCGGGGCUCCAGAAACAAGCCCACCAACCUCUGGAAUCCAACAUAUGGUUCCUGGUUUGGGGAGAAGCAGGCCAGCAAAAGCAGUUCCCUGCUGGAGAAGGAGAUGCCCGAGAGGGAGAAUUUGGGACAGGAAGGAAACUGUACUGUGGGGCCCAACAUUGUGACUGGCAGGCUGCCAGGCUCCUCCCUGCUAUUAGAGCCAUCUUCCCUAACAGCAAGUGUUAAAGAAGUGCCUCUCUUUAGGCUCCGCCACUUCCCCUGUGGGAAUGUCAACUACGGAUACCAACAGCAGGGCUUACCCUUGGAAGCCUCCACGCCACCUUGCGCGAGCAGUUAUGAGGACCCCGUCCUUAGAAACAAGAGCCACAUAACCCAGCAGGGGCCGUGA